UUUUUUCCUUACAAAAUAUGAAGUAUCAAAACCUUAUUUAUUAUACAACUAUCAUAAACAAUUUAUUUGUAAUAAGAAAUCCUAUUUGAGUUUCUAUUUCUUUUUUAGCAUGUGGCUUAGGGGAAUUAAUUUUUCCCCAAGGUUCUUUCUAGGCGACUGCAGCUGCAACAGCGGCAUCGACCGAGCGACGAUUAGCGUCUCGGACGGUGAAAGGGGCUUGCUUGUAUGCAUAUGAAGAUUCUCACACUUUCAUCUCGUCUUAUAAAGAGACUACUUGUUCCCUGGAGUACAGACAAGGCCGUCCCGUAGCGACCGGGACGAAAUAGAAAUUCUCCAUAAAUUACUCCGUGCGCGCCGUGAAACGACUCUCAUUUGCGACUCAAAGUCACGAGAGAGUGAUACAAUUUCUCUCUAAUCCUAUUCCCACGUCGUAUCCUUCCGUAACAUUGCCGUUGUCACGCAUGAAAUGCGAGAAUGAUUUGGCAGAGUCAUCGGUUUGUUGCAUGAAAAGCAGGCGAAUCGAAAGACGCUGACCUAAAUUAACUCGAUGAGAUGAAAUCUUCAAUCAAUGAGGACAGAGAUUGGUUUUACUAUUUAAGAAUCUUUUUUCUCCUUUUAUUUCUUGUUAUUGUAUUCUACAUAAAAGAUAGAAUAUUAAUAGUUUUUCUUCAUUUGUAUUAAAAUUAUAAAUUAGUAAAACCUAUGUUUCAAUAAUUUAAGUAAAUUUGAAUACAGGGUUGACAAUUUGAAAUAUUUAGAUACAGUUAUACUUAUUUGAAUAUCUGUAAUUUAAAUAUUGCUUUACUUCAAAAUUAAUUAGCAUUACUUCAAAAUCCAUUUUGCAAAUUUUCUGUCUUCCUCCCGUAACAUGUCAACGCAUGUACGAAAAGUAUUACACGACUCGCGCAAAAACACUUUCACAUCUCUCUAGUGAGCACGUUUGAAACUGGCGCGCCCCCACCGCCCAUCGAUCGAUCGAUCGUCGCGAAACGGCGUGGAGUGAAGGCAGCCGCGAGUGGGAGAACGGCCGCAAGUCCGCAACUUGGGCUAUCGCCGAGCGGUGGCGUUGGCGCGUUCGCCGCGGCGACUCACUCUCGUAAUGGCUGCCGUCUGGUGUUGUCAGUGAGUGUGCGGGUGCUCGUUGCGGGAAGUUGCGUUUACGUCGGGGAAGUCGCGCGUCAAGCGUUGCGAUCGCCGAGCAAGUUUGUGCGCGCAAAAGCGAAUCGCGCAUGAGGCGAGCGGUGUGACGGCCAGUGUGCGGAGUUGCGUGCACGCAGGUGUGUCGUGUCGCAAAACCGACUCGCGCCGGCGGCGAUUUAAACGCAGCAGCGACUGGGAAAUUCGUACGGUGGAGUGCUACCCCUGUCUGUCCGUCUGUCCGUUCAUCCGAAGCGUCAAGCAUCGCGACCGGUGUCGACGACCCGUCCCGGAUCGUCGCCGCGAGAAAACGCUCCGAUGCACGACUCGCGCGCGUCGCACUGACGCAACGGCGUCAGCGAGCCUGCCUCGCGUCGCUUCGCGAGGGAUGACGAGCGACGUCAUAUGACAACACGCGUGAGCGAAGACACGAGCAGCGUCGACGUCCGUCGACUCGUCCACGCGUCCGGUCGACGCGAUCGGUCCGCGAAAACGCGAAGCGGUGCCCGGUGAGGGCCGCGGGCCCGAAUUCCUCCUCACGUGGUUCAAGGUCGGCCAGAAGCAUCCGGGCGUCACGAGCGGCGACGAGGCGACGCUGUCCACGCGGCGCUGCCGCGCGAGCGAGCAGGCGAGCCGUCAACGGCAGCCGGGAUAUCGGAAGCCGCUCCGAGCGCGACGACGCCGUGCGUGACGACGACGACGACGACGUCCAGCCGAAACCCGAUGCGCCGUAAGUACCAUUGGUCCGUCGAGUCUCGAACUUUCUUCGAGAUCUGCGACGUUACUCCUCUUUCUUUCGACAAUUAGAUCGGAACAGGAAUGUGAUAGUAUUUCGAGUUGCAGAAAAGAGAGAGAAGCAUAUGAAGCUCUAUUAAAGAAAAUGGACGGUAAAUCCAUUAGUUAAUUAAUGCCAGUGUUGCCAGCGUCGUUGACGUUUUGUGCGAUACUUGACGCAUCUACCUGACUGAUCUGUGCAAACCAAGUGAAGUGUAGUUGGACAGUUUAUCGUGGCAGGAUAUUGUUUCAUCUAUCCUGAAGCUUCACAUUAGUUCCAAUCGCUUGUCACACAGGAAGAUCCGCGAAUCAACCCACGAGGAGACAUCCGCCGGCAACGAGGAGAGAAUCGUGCCAAGUUUCGGUACCACGUUCUUCCUACAUUGAGCUUCGAAGCUGUAACGUUAUUCCGGACCGCGUUGCGCGACUCCAAGGAUAAAGCCUGCUCGUGACCAAUCGACUGUGAUUCCUAUGCGCGACGCCACUGCCAAAAGGGAUACAAAGUUGCAUUGAUAGCAGACUUGCUUCUUCGUUCUUCCUUCGCCUUCCAAUCGCUGUUCGUUGAGGACGAGUGUCUUCCACGUUGUAUCAGGAGCAUACAAUACAUUGCUGCGAUUCGCCGUCACUUUGCUUCGAGAUCUCGACGUCUUCCGUGAGCUUUAACGUUCUUGGUGAACCGGAAGGACCGACAAAGGACUUCCUUUUCGAAUUUUGCUUCGUCAGACCAGUACUAUCUCCAAAGGCAACCCGAAUUACAAGGGAACAGAGGAGGAUCAAUUUUGUUCUUCCGCCAGAACGUCGCUCUCCGACCACAUUUAUCGAUCAGAUUUUGCGGAUGCGAUUCGUUGACUAUAUGUUACACCAAUCCGGACUGCGUUCAAAGACGUGUUGCCGCAUCGACGAGCAUUGCAGUUGUAUCGCCGCUCGAUAUCGUUCGAAGUAUCGCGGUGUCGUCUCCGUGCUUAUUUGCGGACCGGCCAGCCGCCUCCAGUAUCCCUACGUUCGUAUUCGCUUCUCUCCACUCACCGCGGAGUAUAGCAAAACGACGCCGUGACGACGACCGUCCAGAGGCGUAUCGUCGAGCCGGCCGCGUGUAAUGCGGCACACACACAGCAGCCGCCGCUGCUGUUACGCAUCAGUCUGCGCGACCACCUCGUCGCGAUAACGGCGAAGAUGUUCGGAAAGGUGCCGCCGUCGAAUACGCCGGGUCCGCCGACCAACAACGGUGACGCGGCCAAGUCAUGCGUCCGGCCGACGACGGCGAGCACAACGGCGUCGUGUCUGCCCUGCUUCUCGGUGGAAGAAACACCGACGGUAGACGCCGACGACAAGGCAAGACCCUGGCGACCGACGAAGAACAACGCUGAUGAUACCACGUCGGUGGUCUUCGAAGCGCCAUGCAAUUCUUUGCAGCCACUCGCCGUUUUAACGGACGUUCCAUCCGUUGCAAUAGAGCUUCCUAAACUCUGCAGGAUCGAUGCACCGAUGACUUGCACCACCACUUGUUCCAAGAUCCCGAGCAAAUGUUCGCCCAAAGAAACAUCACAUGUGAAUACCAGGCAGAAGUGCCAGUCGGGUCAGAAUAGUCCGAACGUCUUGAAGAUCGGCGUCGGUAGAUCGCGGAGGCCGCAAUCCGCUUCGGUUGCGGGAGGCGUCGAGACGUACACUGGAACAGUUAAAGACUCGGCGAGAGGAUCCGCAAAAAGGAUUGUCGCCGCCAGCCGCGAGCAUCAGGCAGCAAUGGGCAGAAUGACGUGCAACGAGCAACAGUCCAAGUGCUCUCAGGGAAACGCCGCUUCGAAUACGGCCGCCACCAAGUUGUCUUCCGCGAAGUCUUCCGAGACAAUCCACCAGCCGCCACCGUCGGAUAGGAACAGGUCCAGCGACGAGGAUCUUUUAGUGGACGCAUGCACGGGUCAUUCCAUGACAUCGAGUAGCGCGUCUAACGUGCCAACUGCGAGCGACGUUUACGCGCAUCAGAAGCAGAUACCGAGGCUAGUUAACGUAAAGGACGGCGCCAGUAACUCCACCGCAGCCUGCGACGAUUCCUGCGUCAGUGACUUUGUCACCUCGACCCCGUCCAAGGACUGGACGGCGAGGAUCAGCAAUGACACGUUGCAGCAAAGUUGCUCGUCCUGUCUACCACAGGAUCUGCCCACGGAGUUGCAACUGUCUUCCUCUCCAAGGAGUUACAAGGAGCUUAAAGAGAAGUGUCGUGAUCCUCCUUGGAGACCCACAGAGAUGAUGGAAGGCGGCACGGUGCACGGGUUGACGGUAUGCUCGGGCGAGGCGUUCCAGGAUUCGAGCUCGAAGAGGCGCACUGGGGCAUCAUGUCAAGCGCUCAGGCAUGCAGUCGCAUCAUUGAACCGUUUGGACGACUUUUACAUGGAGAAUAUCGGCGCUGGAUUCUUCUCAGAGGUCUAUAAGGUUACUCACAAAGUGACGAAUCAGGUGAUGGUGCUCAAAAUGAAUCAGCUGCCGGCGAACAGGCCGAACAUGCUUAAGGAAGUUCAGCUCAUGAACAAGCUCAGCCAUCCGAACAUACUGAGGUUCAUGGGAGUGUGCGUACACGAGGGUCAACUGCAUGCGUUAACGGAGUACAUUAACGGUGGCAGCUUGGAGCAGCUGAUCAUGUCGCGGCACACGCCGCUACCGCAUCUCGUCCGGAUGAACCUUGCCAAGGAUGUGGCCCGCGGCAUGGCCUACCUACACAGCCGUGGUCUCUUCCAUCGCGAUCUCACCUCGAAAAACGUGCUGAUCAAGAGAGACGAGUGCAGCAACGAGAUGACCGCAGUGGUGGGCGAUUUCGGAUUGGCCGCCAAGAUACCCGAUCCCAGCUCGGGCUAUCGGCUCAGCACUGUCGGCAGUCCAUACUGGAUGUCGCCCGAGUGCCUGAAGGGCCAGUGGUACGAUCACAGGUCCGACGUUUUCUCAUUCGGCAUCGUCGUGUGUGAGCUGAUCGGCCGGGUGCCAGCGGAUCCGGACGUUCUGCCACGCUCAGAUAACUUUGGCCUCGAUUACCUGGCCGUGGCGGAGAUCUGCGCGGCCGCCGAUCCGCCGCCCGCCUUCCUCCAGCUUGCCUUCAACUGCUGUACAUAUGAACCUAAGUCUAGGCCAACUUUUCCGGAAAUCACGGCCAGCCUGGAAACGAUGAUAGCGGCCUGCGAGGAGGAGCUGAAGAGCAACAUUGGUAAACGACAAUCGGCCGUCGAUCCGACACUGAUGUCCAGUAUGGACGAGAUCGCGCGUGAGGGGCGAACGACGAAGCGGCGCACCGCGAAACUUAGAAGCCAAUCGGCAGAUGCAAGAGGCUGCGACAAUGCGACACCCUCGGACAAAGCGCGGUGUCACUCCGCCAGGCGAGUAGCCGAGCUCGCCAGUCGAAGGGACCCACAUUACAGACCGAUGACGGCAAAUCCGUUCCACGCGCUGGGUGGCGUCAAGAAGAUCCUUGGCGACUUGUUUUCCAGCUGCCUGGAACUGCCCUCGUUAGAAGACGUGCGGCCUAGCAUCACCGAUAGCGCAUGCGGCAAAUUCAAGCCAGCACAGAAUGACAGCAUCGCCAAGAUUCUCGACAGGAAGAAGCCGAGCUCCGAACCGAGCAGCCCCACCGCCAGGAAAAAAUGGGAGAGAAAGGUUGCUACCAAGGUAGGCGCCGCGAGCUUGUUCGCCCAUCCGCUUUUUCGGGACGGGUGGGAGCCGCGAAGACGCGGCAGCUGCGAGUCUGGCUUUUGGAGUUGCGUGGGCGAGGACCUGAGUCCGGAGCCGCCGAAUCGUCGACACACGUCAACCCUUAGCAGUUCGGAGGCGAGCAGUAUGUUUCGAUUGGACGAUCAUCGGACCAGCUCGAUCUACACCGAUUCCUCCGAAGACAUUGCCAGCCUAGGUGGUGGCGACUCCUGCUGGGAGGAUCGACUGAACGGCAUCGGCUCAUCGAGUAAAACCAUUUCAAAGAUUGUCGAAUACUUCGAGAGGAAGCAAGCAAUGGCAGGCAGACUCGGUGAUCAUGGCGAUAUCGCUGGUCCCAGCCGCUUGACCUUGCUACGAGCCAGUCUGGAAGGACCCGUGCCCAUCAGCAGCAUCUCCGCGGCGCAACGGCUCGUCGUCUGCGAAGGUGCGGUGCGCAGUAAACUAGCGUUGUUCGACAAGAAGUGAUAUUACUGAUCUUGCGUGCGAGUCAUUCGACGGUUUCUCAUCGGUGUUCGAGUGACCCGCGCGAGAAGAGCGCAGUAACGCGAUAUCGGUAUCGGGGAAAAGACCUUCCCUAGCAGCGCGGGCUCGCCGUCGCAUGUACGCAGCGGCUGCGAGAAUCCUGUAGCGCAAUAAUUAGAUAAGCAGCGUAUUCUUAUGUAUAUUCGAGAAUGGAGAACAAACGUGGCAAGCAGAGAGUUAUAUUAGAGGUAUUAGCAAUCGAUCUUAUUCCGCGUAAAAGGAUUAAAGUAGACGGGGAAGGGGCGUUACGUAGUAUUGGCGUGUCAGAGAUCGAUCAUGUAAUAACUUGUAAGCAGGACAGUCGAUACACGCAUGCGGCAUGCUGACGGACACUUCUCUAAAAAUCUAGUAACCUGACUGUGAUGUUUUUUGAUAAUCUACAUACAUACAUUAUAUUGUCGAGCUGUACGACUGAAAAUUGGCGAAGCCAUCAGCGCGGGAUCCUUUUUAUAUGCAACACGAGUCGCGUUUCACUGUGGGUUUGAGUUACAACGACGUACGCGCCGUACGGAGACGAGGAGGGGGAGUGAGAGAACGAAGCAAUAGCGAAUUUUGUUUUGUAAAAAAAAAGAAAACUGCGUUCUGAGAUCGGUGUAGCGCUGUUCGCUCGCGAUCGACACACGUUUUUGCAGUGCCUCGCAGUUCCUACUAGCCAUCUCCGUCCUUACAUAUGAAACGUGGAUAUUUACCAAUCACCGCAAGGGUAGCUAUUCAGAUACAAUUGACGAUACAAGUACGAAUAAGGGCGAGUGACUUCUCUUUGUUUAAGCUGAGCAGGCGGCACCGCCAAGCCAAAGUAUCUUAUCUCGCCAUUCUUUGUUCCGUGGUUGAUGAUACGGUUUACGUUGUCAAGUUGCUCUUGUGUUGUGUUUUCUCGUGAUGCAUUAGUUAACAAUCUUUAUACGUUCAGUUUUUAACCUUUUUUCCUGUAUUUAAAGAUACUGGCUUAUUACCGCGAUCAUGGAUUUAUUCUUGCAGCGUACAUUGAAACAAAUGAAUUUUACCAGGCAUCACUAUUUAUACUUGACAAUAGAAUUUUAAUAGAAUUUUAUAAUAAUUGAAAUUAAAGUGAAUUGAAAAAUUGAAAUCUUUUCUUUUAACUUGUAAAUACACAAGCACUUAUUAUUAAUCAAUUGUCAUUUCUCAGAUAUUUUUAUAUAUCCAGUUGUUCUAUCAAAUGACAUGCAGAAACGGUGAUUUGUUCAAUGUGCGAUGUAAGGUGAAUCUGUAAUAAUUUUAAUAAAUAAAAUCAAUAUGUAAUUUUACCCUAUGCAAUUGUCAACAUCAUUAUCUAGUGCUGCAGUGAGAAGUCAGAAAAUCACCACCUUAGUUCUUUAUAUCUACGGAGGCCUACAGAGCCGCGCUUGCAGAGUUCUUAUUUCAUUUUCGACUUAACUGAUCGGCAUCUACACGGCGAGGUUCAUCAACGUUGCUACGUGUUCUCGCAACGACUUGCAAUUUUGCGUGUCAUGAUGUUAAAAUAGCUCGGGACGCGCGGUACGAUACGCCGGGGACAAUGAUAUAAUAUAUAUAUAUAUAUACAUAUACAUAUAUGUAUAUACACACACAUAUAUAUAUUAUGUAUAUAUAUAUAUAUAUACACAUAUAUAUUUUUUUGUUGGCAAAGAUGCACCCGUGUCCUGGAUAUUCUUGUUGACGUGUGCGAAGCCGAGUUUAUCCACUUUGGAAAGAGAACAUAUGAAACUGAUCUAGUCAGUGUAUUAAUGUGGCGGCCUUAUCUUUUGUACGUUGUAGCGCUAAAACUCGUAGUGUUUAAGGUGAUAGCGAGCGUGAAAUCGCGGGAUGAAACCGGGCCUUCUGGUAACGCGCAGAGUGGGUUUUUUUUCGAACAUCAGUAUAUUUAUACAAUGGAAAACGCAAGAGUGAGAGCGUGCGAGAUGCCGCGAGCAAAUCGAGGCUCGCUGCGCGCCUCUGCGUGUACGUGUGUGUGUGCGUGUGUGCGUGUGUUGCGUUUGCGGAAAGAAAGUGUAUACGUUCAAGGCGAUAUGUAUGUAGAUAGCUGUACGACUCCCGCAUAUAUAACGCGAAUCGCUUCGUCGCUCGGACGAAUCGAACCAAAUCUACCAUCGUAGAGUGAUAGAAAUAAUCGAUAUGACGAUAUAUCUUUUUACUUGUCGAAGUUCGCUCACGGGUUUACUCCAUAAGACUGUGCGUUCGUUAUGUAAUACGUCGUAAAGUAGGAAAGUAACUCGGAAUCGCGUCAACGACAUUCGCAGUCUCUUCCUCCUCGCGUAUACAAUAGGAUGCACGCCGUGUUACAUGUGGAAUCCAUUCUUCCUUCCUUUUUAUCUUGCUCUUAAUUUUUUUUCGCUCGUCGAAUCGAGGUCUUCUGUUCUUCCUCCGCGACGCGUCAAUCGGUACCUGAAUAGUCGAAGCGAGGGAAGGACUGCGAACGAGUUAGUUCUUAAGCGUACGGACAUAUCAGGAGUACGGGCAUAUCCUGAGAUUCAACCCGGUCGUAAUGGGCAAUAAACGCGUGAUCACAAAUGAAUGAGAAUGGGAGUGCGUGCGCGAGUGAGUGAGCAGAAAGAGAGGGGGAGGGGGCGGGGGAGUGAGAAAGCGGAAUCGACGGACCGAGAGGCGCAUUUAAGAAAAAAAGAGAUAUGGGUUAUUUAUUUUAAGUAAAAACAGUUAUAUUAAAGAUUAUAUAUCUAUAUAUAUAUGUAUAUAUAUAUAGAUCUACGCGAAAAUUGUUUCUUCCAUAUUUCUCAACUGUUGUCUAGAGUCCACAAUCGCUACCGUUGUAGCGCGCGUAGUCCCCGUUCUUCUAGCUGUAUAUAUUAUAUUACACUACGAGGGGGUACACGUGAUAUCCGAGCACUCUCGUGACUCUUUCCGCGCGUUGGUCGUCUUGAGAUAUGUACAACACAGAAAAGUUAAAUAAUAGCAAGAGCGCUGUGAAUGUUCGAUUUUCGUGACCGCUGGUCACUACUCAUAAAUUGGACAUAAAUAAGCGCAGGAGGAAAGAAAAACAAUGGCGAUGAUAAUAAUAGUUGUAACAAUAGCGAAAGACGAAGCUAUAUAUAUAUAUGUGUGUUGUAUAUAUAUAUAUAUGUAUAUAUAGCUAUGUAAAAAAAUUCCUAUAUAUACAAAGAUAAUAAAGUUAAGGGCUCCCAAUUUUUA